ACAGCUAACUGAUGGUCUCACCACCUGCAUUUAGAGAAGCCUUCACAGUGAACUUCCAGGGGUCUUAGAGAUGUCCCUCUAAAAUUGUACAGAGAGAGAGAGAGAGACCCUGUGUAAGAGGAUUGUCCAAGGCCUUUGGGAUAAGGCUGCUCCUUACACAUCAUGACUUCUGAAACAAUGCCUUGCAGCAAUCAAGUCUGGGCUGAAGGCCAGUGUCUUUAUUCAGACACCUACCUGGCUAAGCUGCUAGAAGGAAUGGGGAGCCUGCGCUCACAGAACGUCCUGUGUGAUGUCACGUUGGAGGCGGAGGGAGCCUCUUUUCCUGUUCACAGAGUUGUCCUGGCUUCUGUCAGCAGCUAUUGCAAAAUGCACUUCCUCGGGGAUGCCAGCCACCAAGACGCCAACAUCAAACUGGCAUCAGUCACUGCACGAGGACUCCGUAACAUUUUGGACUUCAUUUACUCCAACAAGCUGGAGCUGACCCUUCAGAACGUCGAGGAAACCUUCAAGGCGGCAGAGGCUCUGCUGGUCCGGGAGGUGAUCCUGCUAUGCUUUCGGUUUUUAGAGGAAGGUUUGAAUCAACACACCUGCCUGGAGAUCCUUAACAUUGCAAAAAGGCUUGGCCCGGAAGGAUUAAAGCAGAAAGCCAGAAGCUGUGUGGGCCAGCACUGCUGCCAGAUCCUGACAGAUCCACAGCAACUGAAGAAGCUCGACGGGGAUACUCUACGGGAGAUCUUGGAGGGAGCAAAUACUGAGGCCCUCAGUGAACUGGAACUGUUCCAUGCAGCUAUGUGCUGGAUACGCCAUAACAGUACGCACCCAAGAGAUGCAGCCGACAUAUUAAAGCGCAUACGGUUUCCCCUUAUCCCUCUGCGUGAUCUGCAGAAAGUCAUCUCAGAAACCCCCAUCGUGAAGACUGAACCUUCAUGCCACCGGUACCUCCAGGAGGCCCUGGAUUACCACUCCCGGCUGUACGCUCAACCAACCCUCCAGACAGAGCGCACAAAGAUCCGUGCUGGUACAGAUACGCUGCUCGUCCUUGGAGGCAGGACAGCAGACAAUGCAGUUUGUGGAGAAGUGUGGGCUGCCGAUCAAAGUUGCCACUUGUGGAAAAAAAUAGGGGACCUCUGUCAUCCUGUCUACAACCACUGUGUUGCGGUGAUCCAAAACUUCCUCUUUGUGAUGGGGGGACAGAGCAGGUUUGACUCUGCAGGACAACAUCCAUCAAAUGAGGUGUUCAGGUUUGACCCCCGUCAUAGUUCGUGGCUCCAAGUGGCAAGCAUGUUGGAUCGACGAACUCGCUUCCAUGCAGAUGUGCUGAAUGAUCGUCUUGUGGCUGUUGGGGGAGGAGCUCUGCUGGGCACGCUCAUCAAUGCGGCAGAAGAGUACUGGCCCGCUGAGAAUGAGUGGCGGCCCAUCACACCCUUCCCAAUGCCUGUGGCUGACCAUGCAGGAGCAACUCACAAGGGGAUCCUCUAUAUUUCAGGUGGCUUCUCCACUGGCAAAACCUCCCGGGACACAUACAGCUACCUUUCCAGGCUGCGUCGCUGGAUUCGGAACCGGCCUAUGACCUUCGCCCGCUGUGAUCAUGGAAUGGCAACAGUUGACAACAGAAUUUUUUGCAUUGGUGGAAGGACGCUAAACAAUGAGGAGGACUGGAUUCCUGUCAACGAGACAGAGUCUUACUGCCCGGUAUCCAAUCAGUGGACUCUACUCAAUCUCUCCCCCUUCGAUCGCUGCCAGUUUGGCCUGGCCGCACACCAGUCUCAACUCUACAUCACAGGCGGUGGGUCUCUGCGGCACAGGAAUAAAGAUGAUGGUGUCUUUGUCUGCAACCCCAGCAGAAAAGCAUGGGAGAAAGCUGGUUCCUUGCCCCAGGCGCUGGUGGAUCAUGCCUGCUGCUUUGUUCGGUUGGCUCAUCAGCCUGAGGACAAACAGCAGCAGAAGGCAGCAGAGCCGGCAGCAACCAGCAAGAAGAAAUCCACCCUCAGCCUUUUCAUCGCCAACAAAUGUGUUUCUUAGAGAAGAAGACAUUUUAGGAACAAUCCAGCAGGAAUUUCUCCUGCUAAAAUGAGCAGGAUAUGAGCAAUAUAUAGUUCCAAUAGGUACCACUUCCUCUCUUUUUCUAGAUCUUAUACGACCUGGUGAAAAUUCAGAAUUUGGAAAGGAUAUUUGACUGAAACUCACCAGUAAGAGCUGCCAAGCCUCUGAUCCAGUCCUGAUUUUCCAGAAGCAGAUCACAACCAACCUGGUUUAACAUAUACAGAACCCACGUUAGGUUUUAUCUUGCUGUACCUCUAAGGAGUUGAGGACAGUCCCUACACACUCAUUAUCCGCAGCAGAAUGUCCAAGCUUUUCCAGCAGUAGGACACCUGAUCUAUGUGGCUGGGUCAUAUCCCCAACCCCAAUCUCAGACACUCAAUAACUGAUAUGGCGUCAUUGUGACUGAAUGUCAAAGUGAAGAGGACCUAUUCUUGACAUACAGGUAUUCAAUGUGAGUUAAGUGCAUUCAAGGCUUUAUUCUUCAUGAGGCCCAGGUUCAUAAUGUAAUUUAGAAGAGUUGAACAUGAACUGUUCAAAACAUUUCUUACUAAAAAUCUCAGGCAGGGUACCUUGGCUUGUGGGCCACAUAUUGGAUAACAGUGUAAUAAAAAAAGAUAACGAAAA